AUGGAUCAUUCUACCCAGGCCCGCUUGUCGGACAAGUUCUAUGACAAGAGAAAGGCCGGCGCAUUAGAACUAGAGUCCGUCAUCCGCAACGCCCUCGCCGACCACAAUCACACCCGCAUCGAGAAGAUUGUAUGGCAGCUGUGUCACGACUACGCCUAUGCCGUUCACCAGCCCCACGCACGUAAUGGUGGGCUCAUAGGACUGGCUGCCGCCGCAAUAGCCUUGGGAUCUGAAGUGGCACGUUAUCUGAAAGACAUCGUGCCUCCCGUGCUUGCCUGCUUCUCCGACCAAGAUGCACGAGUGCGAUACUAUGCCUGCGAGAGCAUGUACAACAUCGCCAAGGUGGCCAAGGGCGAGAUCUUGGUAUACUUUAAUGAUGUCUUUGACGCUCUCAGCAAGCUGGCCGCCGACACGGAGCUCUCUGUCAAGAACGGUGCCGAAUUGCUAGAUAGGCUCAUCAAGGACAUCGUGUCUGAAUCAGCAGCGACGUACGCAUCAAUUGUCGUGCCUGAAGCGGCAAUCGCGUCAGGAGAGAACACGCCGGACCAGAGCAUGGAAAUCCCAACGGCAUUCAGUCUGCCCAAAUUUAUCCCAUUGCUAAGAGAACGAAUCAAUGUACAGAAUCCCUUCGCGCGCACAUUUCUCGUGUCAUGGAUCACAUUACUAGAUCAAAUACCAGACCUCGAAAUGGUCGCCUAUCUACCCAGCUUUCUUGGUGGCCUGCUCCGCUUCCUGGGCGACAGCAAUGAGGAUGUUCACACAACCACCAAAACAGCCCUGGAUCGCUUUCUGGUCGAGAUCAAGAAGAUCGCAGCUGUGAAGAAAGGUAUAGCUGAGAGCAGAAAGAGCAAAGACGAGACUCUGAACAAAGACAGCGAUACGGAUAGCGUGAUCCAGUCACACGAGCCUGCUGAGCUGGAGCCCGACUUCGCGGAAAAGAUUCGUAGUGUGACCUCUUCUUUCACAGCAGCUGAAGAUGAGGAGAAUCAGGAAGGACCGAUGGAAGACGAGUGGAUACCCGGUCAAGAUGUCACGAUCGACUACUCAAGUAUCCUACACAUUCUGGUUGAGAACCUGGCGUCCUCGCGUGAAGAGGGGGUCAAGGUCACCUGCCUGAAAUGGAUCGAAGUUUUCUUGGAUAUCUGCCCGGAGAAUAUUUUGUCGUUCACACCACAGCUCCUUCAAGAACUGCUGCCAGCACUGAGUCACGACAAGGAACACGUCAAGUCUGCCGCGAAGGGUGUAAAUGAGCUGCUUAUAAGAUACAUCAUGUCCUUGCCAGAAGACCACGCCCGGCAGCAGGAUGGAAAUGGCGAAAAGCGAGAAUCAUUGGGAGCUCCAAAAGCCGCCCGCAAAGCACCAAGUCCAGAAGUUCCCGAAUCACGAUCACCACAAGUCGCAACGCCGGAGCCUGCCGUCCAGGAGAGCGAGAGGGCAGAGUCGCCGCACGACGACUUGGACUAUGAAGCUGCGGUCAACGCUUUGACUUUGCAAUUUCUGCACGAAAAUGAGGCGACCAGAGUAGCAGCGCUGGCUUGGUUGAUCAUGCUGCAUCGCAAGUCGCCGCGCAAAAUCCUGGCCAUACAAGACGCGACCUUCCCAGCUCUGCUCAAGACCCUCAGCGAUCCGGCUGAGGCUGUCGUCACAAGAGAUCUGCUGCUCCUGUCUCAGAUCAGUAAGAGCAGCGAUGAAAGCUAUUUCACAUCAUUCAUGGUCAACCUGAUCAAGCUCUUCUCGACAGACCGACGGCUUCUUGAAUCGCGAGGUAACCUCAUUAUUCGAAAUCUAUGUCUCUCAUUAUCUGCCGAGCGUAUAUAUCGUACCAUGGCCGACUGCCUGGAGAAGGAAGAGGACGACAUUGAGUUCGCCGCGAUCAUGGUACAGAACCUCAACAACAACCUCAUCACGGCGCCCGAGCUCGUGGAUCUGCGCAAACGACUGCGAAAUCUUGAUAACCGAGACGGCCAAACCUUCUUCACGGUCCUUUUCAAGGCAUGGUGUGUGAACGCGGUUGCAACCUUCUCGCUCUGUCUGCUCGCGCAAGCCUACGAACAGGCAUACGAACUACUGAAAGUGUUCAGCGAGAUUGAGAUGACUGUCAAUAUGCUCAUUCAAAUCGACAAACUGGUUCAAUUGCUGGAGUCGCCUGUCUUCACCUACUUGCGCAUGCAAUUGCUUGAACCAGAGCGGCAUCCACAUCUGUAUAAAUGCCUCUACGGUCUACUGAUGCUUCUACCACAAAGCUCGGCUUUCGCUGCGCUGAAGAAUCGCCUCAACAGUGUCUCUGCGAUUGGCUACCUCCACAUUCGACCCCCAGGCCAAGGCGCCACGACGCCAGGCAGCUCGUUCGCCGAACGACAGAAUCGACUAAAGAGCCGUGAAGACGGCGGUAUCAGGUGGAAUGAGCUCUUAGACCGAUUCAAGGCCACGCAGGAGAAGAUUCGACGCAAUCAGCAACGACAGCUCAUUAGCCAGCACGGACUCGACGACACGCCUCAACAGAUCCCGGAGAAGAAGCCGAUAUCGAUGGGUCCGCCGCCGCGGCCAGAGCGAAGUAAGUAUCUUCAAUCACGUUGA